GCUCGCGCUGCUCAAGGUAGACGUCUAAGAACGCAACGAGGAAGGGAGGGGGUUGAAGGUUGGCGAGGAAAAGGAGGGGGGGGGUGGUGGUUGAGGGGCGCAGACACCGUUUGUGGCUGUCUGAAGAGCUAACCAGACCCAGGAACCAUUCACGACAUGAACUGGAUUUAAGAUUCCAAAUAGAAGGCAAAUCAGAACCGGAAGACAGGAGGGAACUGCAGUACAAAGAAAGGAGUAGAUGUGUUUUUUUUUUUGGAGGCUGAGAGCUGAAGACUUCCUUGACUCACCUUUAUUUUCUAAAUAGGUCCACAUUUUUGGUGGCACGUCUGGCGUUUUGGGGUAGAGUUGAGCUCGAAAGUAGCGAAUGUCACUUGUUUAGCAGCACAAACACCACUAUCCUCGGAGGAAGCCCAAACGAGACAUGAGCACCUAUUUCGUAAACCCGUUGUACUCCAAGUAUAAAGGCAGUGAGAGGCUGGAGCAGAGCUACUACGACUGCAGGUUCCCCCAAAGCGUCACUCGGAGCCACGCGAUAGUUUACGGGGCUGGAUCAACAGCGGCUCCGGGAUUCCAGCACGCAUCCCAUCACUCGCAGGAUUUCUUCCAACCGGGACUGUCGACCCCUGGUUAUCAGCAGAGCCCCUACGCUUUGGCGUGCCACAGCGAUGCCACCACGUUUUAUGGCUACGAAGCAUUUCCGAGGCAAACGCUUUAUGGGGCUCAGCAAGAGGCGAGUGUGGCGCAGUAUCCAGACUGUAAAUCUUCCUCUGGCACCAAUCUAGGAGAACGACAAGGCCAUUUGAAUCAAAAUCCGCCCGGUCUUAUGUUCCCUUGGAUGAGACCCCACGCACCAGGUAGGCGUAGCGGCCGGCAGACAUACAGCCGUUACCAAACCCUGGAGCUGGAGAAGGAGUUCCUCUUCAACCCUUACCUUACACGCAAACGGCGCAUCGAAGUGUCGCACUCGCUGAAGCUAACGGAGCGGCAAGUGAAGAUCUGGUUCCAGAACCGACGCAUGAAAUGGAAGAAAGAGAACAACAAGGAUAAAUUUCCGGGUCAGAGAGACGAGACAGAGGCUGAGGGUGAGGGAGAUGGAGAGGGAGAGGGAGAAGGAGAGAGCGAACCGAAGGGGGAUGAGCAGCGACAAAAAAAGGAAACGGCAGAAGAAGAAGAGUCAAAAGAGUGAUUUUAUGGCCUGCUUUUUAUGGUUAUAUGACUUCAAGUUGAGCCUCUGUGUGCAUGUGUGGAGAGAGAGAGAGAGAGAGAGAGAGAGAGAGAGAGAGCGCACUUUUUACGAGCACGGUGGGAAAGAAGUAAAAAAAAAAGUUAAACACACAAUAAAAGCUCUUUCCUUCUCACUGAUCACCACCACAAUGCGAACAUCCUCAGCCAAGUGCUAAGGUGCAUUUUCCAAAAACUCCUAAUAUGUAAGCCACUCCUAAGGAUGCACUUCAGACUUUUAUUCUUUUAUUCUGUAGCCAGAUCUGUGCGAAGUUUGGUGGGGGAAUCGCAAAUUUGGAGCAUGAUAAAAUUAAGCCCUUGGUUAACAUGUUUAAAGACUUCUGCAUAAACAUUGGUCUACAUACUCAGAUUAACCUUGAACCAAUAUGAGGCUUAAAUCAGCCCUGAAUGUUUAGGCCUGUGAGCUUUGUUUGUGUACCAAAACAUUCGCACAUUACGAUUGAGUUCGACCCACAAUGUGUUGGAACAGCUAAUAAGCUGAACAAAAUCAAGAUUUUACAUCAAACCAAACCUCCAAAACCUCUGCCCUGUUUCACUUUUUACUGUGCUGUAAAAUGAUUAUUUUUCCGUACUUUUUUUCAUAAGUUAGCUGUAGGCUGUAGAGUGCUUGUGUCUUUUUAGGAAAGUAGUUCUUAUAAUAAUCGCCUAAUCAUUUUUGCAUGUGAUGCUACCUAACAGGGGGGAAUUUGCAGUGCUUCUUUUCAAUGUGUUAUUCGAAAAAUUGACGCAAACAUCCAAAACAAUGAUCUAAACGACCUCAUGCAUCUGGUUCUGUGUGAAAUGUUUGCCACCAUUCAUCCAUUUCUCACUUGCUCAUUUCACACUUUCUCAUAUAACCACUUUAACUCAGAUUUAUAUAAACCUUAGCUGGUAGAGCUGACUUUACUUGAUCUGUGAAAUUGACCACACUAUUUAUAUAGCAAAUGAAGGAGUUUUCGCGCUGAUCAACUUCGACUACCUAUCGACAUGCGUUUGGUGUAAUGAAUGUCAGUAUUUCCAAAACGUUUCUAUAACAUUAUGAUGUUUGUGCAUUUGACAAGUUGUCAUAAAAGAUAAAGGGUUGUUUUGGCUGUAUAUGGAAGCAAUGAUAACAUCAGUCACUGAAAUAUUUCUGCAAUUGUUUUCUAUAUUUUAUUAGAAUGUGUGUCUUUCACGCUGAAACAUAAAUAAAGCUGAAAAAUUA